CACCGCGACGCCGCCUGUGGAUCGCCCUCAGUUGGUCACCAGCCGCAGUAAAUUCGCCGCAUCCGGGUCGGGACGUAGUGCCGCCGUGGAGACGAUGCCCGCCGGCGAGCGUCGCGCACACGGACACCUUUCGCAGACGACGUCCACCAGGACCUGGUGCACCAGCAGUACGUGAUGCAGGCCACGGCGACCGCGCAGCCUGAGGGAGCCGGCGCCACUGGGACGGCCUCGGGGGGCCGCGUCAACGGGGGCCGAUUUGAUUUCGACGAUGGGGGCACAUAUUGCGGGGGAUGGGAAGAAGGAAAAGCCCAUGGACACGGCGUAUGCACCGGACCCAAGGGACAGGGAGCGUACUCAGGCAGCUGGCAUUACGGAUUCGAGGUGUCCGGAGUCUAUACUUGGCCCAGUGGGAGCUGUUACGAGGGCCAAUGGCAGAACGGAAAACGUCAUGGCUUGGGGGUGGAAACACGAGGCAGGUGGAUAUACAGGGGUGAAUGGACGCAGGGGUUCAAAGGAAGAUACGGGGUGAGGCAGUCCAACACAUCGUUGGCGAAGUACGAAGGUACUUGGGCCAAUGGGCUGCAGGACGGGUACGGGUCGGAGACGUACGCUGAUGAAGGCACGUACCAAGGACAAUGGAUGCGCGGCAUGCGACACGGCUAUGGCAUCCGCAAAAGCGCGCCGUUUGGCAAAGCUUCCAAGUACCGCGCGAGCAAAGCACUGCGCGCAUCGCUGACGUCACUGCGAAGCGACGGCGAGGCAGGCAGUACCGCGGUGGGCGGAGGAGUGCCAGCGGACGCGGCCGAACGGCGGGACAAGCGAGUCGACGACAGCCGAGGCGGGUUCGUGCUGAAGAUGAACAGUACCGAACAGCAGACGAGGAGGCGGAGUUUAGGAGGGGGCGGUACCGCUGGCGGUGUUGCUGUCAAGAGAGGCAUACUUUCUGGUCUAAAGCUAAAAAAACAACGAAGCACCGGCGACCUGGAGAAGCGAGGUAGCAGCGUGAGGUCAACGGGGUCUUCAGCGUCAUGGGUGAGCACCGACUCCGGCCAAUCAGCCAUGACGAACGCAUCUAUUCCAUCUGAUUCCAAUGCUAGUUUUGUCAUAGAGGAUGAGUCAAUGGACCCUAGUGUAACAGAAACGUAUAUGGGUGAAUGGAAGAAUGACAAGAGGAGCGGGUAUGGUGUAAGUGAACGAUCGGACGGUUUGAAGUAUGAGGGUGAAUGGUACGCGAACAAGAAGUACGGAUAUGGUGUCACCACCUUUCCCAACGGAGAGAAAGAAGAAGGUAAAUACAAAAACAACGUGUUGAUCACUAGUCAGAAAAAGAGGCUGUUCCUGAUGCGCAGCGCCAAAUUUAGGGAGCGGAUAGACGCAGCGGUGAAUGCAGCGCAACGCGCGUCGAAAAUCGCGUUGCAGAAGAGCGAUAUCGCCAUCAAUAGGACGGCAACAGCGAGAGGAAAGGCUGAACAGGCUGACGUAUCAGCUGCGCAUGCGCGGGAAGACAGCGACAUCGCUGAGAACGUGGCGAAACAGUACGCGCCUGACUUCCGACAACCAGGCCUUGAAAGGCUCAAGGCCAGGCAAAGGGCUUAUAGGGAGAUGCAACGGCAAAUGGACAGCGUCGAUUUGAAACAAGCACAGAUACAACCGAACAGGACGAUAGAACAGAACCAAAUACCAAACCAGAUACCAAACCAAAUUCCAAACCAGAUUCCGAAUAAAAUACCAAAUCAAAACUCGUAUCAGCUUCAAAUGAACCAACCGAACCAAAAUACCAUGUCUCAGCAACAGCAGUACCAACAGCAAGCACAAUACACGCAGCAACAACAACAGCAAGUGCAAUAUCAGCAACAACAGCAACAGUACCAAUCGCAGCAGUACCAACAGCAACAAGCCCAGUACCAGCAACAACAGCAGACGCAGUACCAACAGCAACAGCUGGUGAACAAAACGACAGGCAACCCCGGUCCGCCCCAACAAACCCAAGGCAACCCCUACAGUAACCCCCAGCCGCACUUCAACGAUUAUGGGCCCCAACUGGCGCAGAAUUCCGUCAUGGAAGAUCAUACGAAUAAACAGUCACCAAAUGAGUACAACCCUAACACCAGCAACCAACCAAGGAACUCGAUGUCCAACGAAGAACCACCGAACCCGGGUCUGCGGCGAAUGUCGCGACGGGUGUCUGGAGACCGACCCUAUCUAGCCAACAUAGGACAGCAGAGCUCCAUCGAUCAUUUCGAUCACUACAAAAGGCCGCCUAGUAGAGAUUCCAGUGUAGAUAGGUACUCCCGAGCAACAGGAAGACUGAGCAACGCGAUGAACUCUCGACAGCCGAGCGUCGACCGAACGACAGGGGCAGCGCCAGGGGGGAUGCGUCCCUCAGAAACGCCCGAUCGGACGCUGAGGGCGCCCUCUGCCACCAGAGGCACCACUCCAGCGCCGCAACUGAACAACCCAAACCCCAUGGCAGCCGGUGUCAAGAACGGAUCUGUACUUACAGGUGGUGGCGUGAAUCCUACACAACCCCCAUUCGAGGAAAUUAUCCUGAAGAAACGAGGCUUGGGUCAGGACAUCGUGCCUUCACCGAAUCAACCCAAACGGACUGAAAGCUUAUUCAUCCCUGGACAACCUGUAGCGCCUGUCGCAAAAGUCAGCGCGAACUUGGCAACGCAAACGUCUCUUCAACGCAAGAAAUCUCUUCCCGAUUUCCAAGAGCUCCCUCGCCAUACGGGCCCGAUGUCAAGGGAGGAGACCUCCUACCUAAGUUCCGCACGGAGGGAGGAGGUUCGACGUCAACAAGACGAGAAGGAACGAUUGAGGGCCAAUCCACUCCUCUAUUUAGUCAGUCCCCAAGUCAAGGCUUGGUUCACACGGCAGCAACUCCUUCUAGUGGUGCUGUUCGUCAAUGUCACCCUGGCCAUCAUGUUCUUCAAGCUGUUGACAUAGUACAGGCUGGGCGUCGAUAGACGCGCCCCCUAUCACCCACUUAGAUAAUUUUUCAUGAAAACAUUAUGGAAACGACAUUUUUGUAUCUUGUGCGACUAAGGACACUUUUUGCGGCCGACAUGCUUGUUAUUGAAGACUUGACGCGCCGCGCACGCUGUCACGCUUUUAACGACGCUCGCUGAUGUGAUUGGAAGAUUUUUGAUUGUCCGAAGAUGUGGAAGAAUUUGAGGAAGAUGUCUGCUCAUAAGAAGUAAGUACAGGAAAACGGAGCUUAGAUGAAAUCGAAAAAAGUACAAUCGUAACGCCAAAUUCAAACGAUGCCGCUUAAGAUAUGACCACUGAUACUUAAAGGUUAAGCUGAUCGCCAUCAUAACGAUGAAUUGAUAAUGUUCUAGGCCGAUGUCCUCAAAUUAACACUUUCGUUACUUUUCAAACUAAGUCAUGACCUUGAAAGCUAUUUUUCACGAUUUCAACACGUUUUAGCAUCUGUUGCUUAGAAAGUGCUACAGGUAUGUUUGGGUCAAGCGUGUACGGUUUUCAAUAACGAAUCUGGUAAAGCCUACUUACACCAAACACCUAUGAAAAUUAAUUUCUUUUAUCUAUACUACUACUGUUCGGGAUGAUCAUGAAAAAUCAGGUUUAGCGAACCACUGGUCGAUCGCGGUCGUCGUAUUUUUCACCCACUUGCGCACAAUGUCUUGAGUGUGCACUCGUGUUCUCUCGCCAGAGUCCGUGUGGCGUCUUCCCCUUUCUACUGUAUCCUCUUAUAGCCACAUGUUACCCUUCGGUGUUUAGGUCUUAGAUCUUCGUGGUGAUUUAACUAUAAAAAAUAGUCCUUUUCAUACCUAUAGUUCACUGUCUGAGAAUUUUACCAAUACAAAAUGUACGAAGUACACAAUAAGAAAUGCAAUAAAUCAGACACAAAAAAGCGUGAACAACAGAAUACAGCCAAAGCACAGAUAAGCAGCUGUUAUUUGUUGAAAAAUAGAGCUUUUUUAUUUAGUUUGUUUAUUAGUUUUUAUUUUGUAUGUAGUUGUUCUUCUUGAGAAUUCUCUAUCGCAUCACUUCUGAGGGGGCUGAGGAAAAUAGUGACUGGCCUAAGGAGGCCUGUCAAAUUUGACCUAUUCUAUACUGUACAAAAAUAGUUUCAAGAUGAUAUACUGAAUGUUUAAAAAAUUAAAAUUACAAUUCGUCUAUUCUUCUAGUAUCUAAACUUUAAAAUCGCAAAUAUUAUUUUGAAAUCACCAAUUUACUAAUAUCACCAAAAACUGUCGAAAAUUCCAACUUUGUAGUGAUAGCUUUUUUCUACAUUUCAAGUGUGCUAAACAAGAGGUCUUAAGCUCAGAAAUUUGGAAGGACACAUGAAGAGAUGACAUAGAAAAUUGAAAAGGAAUCAUCCAGUGAAAGCCCAGGUGUUAACACAAAUUAUGAGACUGACUUAUCUGAAGCGCACCUGAACGUAACCUCUCAGUCACUUCCCAGAUUUCAAAUAGUUCAUUAAAGUUGCCUAAAGGUUAAUUAAUACGAAAUCAAUAAAAAAUGGAGGUGACUGAUAGGCAAUGUUUACAGAAUAAAAAAUUUGUGUUAAUAGAAGGAAUAAAAAUCAGCUAACAUUGCCGUCUUUGACGUGAUUGUCUAAUACCUACUUGUAACAGCUGUCGACCAGCAGGUCAUAAAUGCCUGGGCAGGUGGCGACAAGCGAAUAGAAACGACAAAGGAAUGCUCAUGUUUGUUUUGACUCCGACUAACUGAGGUUUAUAUACACUUUAGUUGGUAUUGCCAUUAGCCUUGACGUCUGGAUCAGUCUGGUUAUGGAGAAAUAUUCUGUAAACUUUGCUAACAAGUUAUGAGAAGGUGAGAUUUAUAUAUUUGUAUUUUAUCCAUGUCAGUGCAGCUCGUUUCAUUCACAUAUUCGUAUUCAUGAUGCGUGAUAUUUAAUAUAUUGUUGGAUAGGCAGUGUUUUGUCAAUUUUGGGAACAUUUUUGCUGUUGGAUUUUUUGUGAGAUUUUAUCUGAUGUUCUGUCGGUGCUUAGUUUGUUGCUGUUCUAGCAUUUUAUAUUAUAUUUAUAUAUAUUUCUGUACCUACUAAUAACCAAAAUCUAUUCUUGUUACACAUUUAAAUAGUAUCUUGUACGGAAACUAUGAGGAGUUUAAAAAUAGAUUCGGUAUGUUUUGCCUUCGUUCAAUUAAAAUGAAAAAACAUCAACCAUUCUCAAAAUCUAGUGUAUUGAAAUUUGUUUGAGGAUUUUACAAAUUUUGUCAAAGCCAACUUGCUGCAUGGGUGCAACCAGAAGCAAUAAGAUACAAUUUCACUCCAGAAAAAUGUAUUUCUAUUAUGUUUCAAAAUAAAGAGCAACGCGGGGUAUUUUUUCGUGUUUCGUUUUUAGCAUUACAGAGAUUAAUCUUCGAUUUUUCUCCUUCCUGAAACAGCGCCCAAUCCAUCUAGAUUUUUCUACACAAGUAUCUCAUGCAUUCCCUAGACCAUCGAUGAAUCAGCUAUUCGCCUAAAAGACCUAGGCCUUUUGACAUAUAUUGUCUAGGAAUUACAUAUUUUAUCAAUAAUAUAUUAUAGUUACACCAUAUACAUGUAUAGUUAGGCCCUUGAUACAAACAAUUUAUUAUUAAGCCUAUGAUAAUGUGAUGUAAAUAAUUGUUGAAACUUAAUAUUUUAUACGUUUGUUAAUUUUACCUAGUUUUUGUCGAGCUAGAACAACAACAAAUUAGGUUCGAAAUAUUAUAAAUUAUUUAUUGUAAUUGUUAUAGUAUAGAAAAAAUAUGUUUUAGCUUAUAGAUUGUAUAUCUCCGUAUUCGUACAUCAAAAAACCUAUGUGAGGAAAACGUUUGUGGUAAAUUAUUCAUAAAAAAACGUAUUUCAAAAAGACCACCCGUCAAUCAGCCGGAAUACGAAGUAUUCUCAGGACUACCAUCAGUGGCGUGCUAUGCAAAAAUGUAUAAAUAAAACAGGCUGUACUGAAUCUAUUUGCUUUCAGUUGUUGUGACCAUAACCAACCGUACACAAUGUUGCUUGAUGCUUGUUAGCAAUCAUCACUACAAUAUAGGUCUAGUCUUGGAAACUGAAAGUUAUAGUCAUCUUAACCAGAUACAUAUCAACAUCAAAACAUAAAAAACUAUAGAGUUAAAUCAUACUUAGGCUUUUCGGCCAAAUCUGAUAAAACAUUAUCAAUUCUAUUAGGCGCAUAAGGCUUGAACGUUACACAAAUUUUAAUAGUGAGCCAUGUGAAAUAGAUUGAGGAAGGUCACAACCUUGCACCUCUUUAUUCUACGAGGUCAUAGCAUAAAAUUUGUGAAAAAUUAUGGAAAAUGAAAAAAGUCUAGUUGGAAAACAUCUUCAUAUUUAGUUAGCUAUUCACAAGUUGAGUCUGUACGUGAAACAUUUCAGUACAAACAUUUUCUUUGCAGACGUUUUUUGAUCUUUUAAAAUAAAUUGGAGAUCCUUUGAGAAGAAUUUGAGAGGAUACAGCAAAUAUUUUUGUUUUGUAUUUGUAGGUUUUUAAUAGGUACAUAUCAUGCAGCUAUUUUCUCCUCAUCACUCUACAACAUAAACGCACAACUUUAGGAUACCUAAAUAAGAAAAUAUUUUGUUUAUGAUAUGUAGAUAGACAUGCAGAACUCAUGUUUAUUUUUAUGUAAACAAUUGUCAUAUUUACGUUUUGGAGUUCAAAGAUAGGAUUUUCCACUAUAGAAAACAGUCAGAUAAUAUGUAGAACAUAAAACUAAAGAGCCAGACCUUAAAAAUUAAUAGAUUUUAGCUCUGGUUUUAAGGGAGGAUGAGGACAAUAAUAUAUGGUUUCUCAUAGCCAAUAACAAUAAAGUACAUAUAUAUCAUUAAAAAGGCCGUUUCGCAUAAAAUAGGAAAUACUAUGGUACAGUUGUUUUUACGAUCGGGGCAUUGCCGUCUCAAAGGUUAACAACUUUGAGGAUGUUCUGUCGCUGCCAGUUAAUUAUUUGAAUGUAUGGCAUUUAUUUUGACAUCAUUUCGAAACAUUGUUAUUUGAAUUUGCUACCUGAUUAGAGAUACAUUUUUUACAUCAAUCAGAAAACGUAAAUAAUAUCAGACUAAAACAAUGAUAUCUUGGAUUUCUAUAAGUACUGACCUUUCAUGAAUUGGACACUGUCGCUUCAUAAAACAACACAAAACAUACUUUGUAUACCUCUUACACUUACUGUGUACUACACUUGUUUUUCAAAAUGAGCUUCGUUUUCGACUGAAAACAGAUUUUUUUUAUUUUUUGUCGAAAAGUAAGCUAGAUCGGCAAAAAGUGAUAGAAUAAUAAUUAUACUUCAAAUUUUAAAUAGUUCAAUCAAAUGAUCAUCAUAUCUAAGAUCAGUUGAGUCUUUCUGUGGGGCCCACGUUUUUGACAAGUUUCAUUUACUUAAAUCCGAACAAUUUUCAAUAUAUUUGACAAAAAACAAUUUCUGGGAAUUAUUGAACGGUAUUUUGAAAACGACACGUUUCUCGAAAUAUCUUCAUAUGAAGUUUUUUUACUGAACCCAAAAAUAGACUGUAAAAAUCCAGUAUAUCUGGUCUAUUUUAUAAAAUUUUAACGAGAGAUCCUUUGUUUUCUUAUAAAUUAGCCCCACCCAAUUUCUUUCUUGGUGUAUAUGCAACAACAGUUUCGGAUGGACUUUUGAUCGAAUCAUUUUGGAAACUACAAUAAAUAGCCUAAUAACAUGUGAAGAUUAAGUUUCUAGAAAAAAGGUACUUUAAGCUGACAACAAAUUGACAACUCCGACAAAAUAUCUAACCUGCUUCCUGACAACUGAACAGCAUUGCGCUAGUUCUCAGCUAAUAUGGCUUGACAUAACUCCCUGUAUUAUAUAUACUCGAUUUUUCCAAACAUCUCCUUUAAUACGACUCCAACAUUCUGUAUGAAACCCAGUGUUAUAAAAUUCACUCAAUAACGGCCUUUGACAGUUGGCAUUUUAAUGAUUGAGAAUCAUAUGAAACGAAGAAACCAACCACUUUCCGGUUGAUCGGUAUUUCACUACAAACAGCAUGCUAAUAUUGCGGUAGUUCUCAGCUAAUAUGCCUUGACAUAACGCUAUAAAUUACGCAUAGGUACCCGAUUUUUCCAAACAUCUGCUCUAAUACGUCUCUGACAUCGGACUAAAAAACCUAAAAUUACAGCAUACAUCUCAAAACGGGCAACGCAUUCGCACUUUUUACCUUAAUAACUCUUUUUCUAUUUGAAGAGGUCUAUUUAACGGUAAUCCACUUAUUGCUAUUGGUUUGGGUCGAGAAUAUCCAUUCUCUUUUUUUGAUUAUACUUAUGACUGUAAUCUCUCUUGGAGGACAAACCUAAUCUUUGGAAUGAUUGCAGAUUAGGUUAUCCAUACUUUUGUGGUCGAAAAAUAUAUUUGUCUGGGAACAUACGACAGUAGCUUCUAUUCGUAACACGUUUAAAAUUAUUGUCAACAUUUUUUCAUAAAAGAAGCCUUCAAAAAUUGUUUUGGAAAUGGGUGUGCACUAGCUUUCAGGUUCUCAAUAAUUUUUAUGUUUUUAAUUAUAGCUCAUAUGUACUUCGAUCACGAAAGUCACAUACGUAGUAACUCUUUUUUUUGUUAAAUUUGCUGAACCAGUUGUUAUGACAUGAAAGGAUGAAUAUGAUAUUCAUUACAAAGUUUGACAUGUAUAAUAUAUAGCUUUAUAUAUGUAUAAGCUUGAAUGCUGUCUAUUAGUCUAUAUCUUGUCAUCUGAAACUUUUUUACAUGAGAAUAUUAGGCAUUUGUACUAGACUGUACUCAUCUUAGAUCAAAUUUCAGUAAUUUUUAUACCACCAACAUCUAGAGGGAGUGCCUCCUAGUUGAAAGCAGAAAGUUCUCGGGACGUAUGGCAGAAAUUCAAUAAAAAAUAAAUACCUACUUAUGUAGAACCGUAAAAGCAGCGGUAGGUUAAGUAGUUACUUUUCCUCUAGGUCACACAUAUUUGGAAAAAAAUGUUCUCAAUUUGUAUCCUAUGGUACCAAAUGCACAAGGAACACAGCAAUCACAUGCACAAAUUGAUAAAAAUACAUCAAUAGUCUAUAAAUUUUACGCCCGAUUUUAUGUGAUUGACUAUAGAUAUCUAUGAAUAUUGUCUACUUUCACUAGGAGCAUUCUCGUAUCAGUUUACCAGAUACAUAGUGAGCAAAAUAGUGAGUUAAGCUAGAGUUCGACUGAAGAUUUAUAACCAAAAGCGAUUUCUAUACAAACAUUAGGAACUUAUAGAAUAGAAUAUUAUUGAUCGAAAUUUCUGAUAUUUGAUUUAGAUAUAUAUAUAUAUGCGACUACUUUUUUACUCUUGCUCAGUUGCAAGUGAUUUAAUAGUAGAUAUAAGAUAUUAUACAGAAUAUAUCUUAUUACAUGUAUGAUACUGUUUAAAUCAGAACCGUUUUGAAUAUCUAGAUAGCUAAAUAAAAUCUCUGAGAUACUUAAAUUUAUACACGAAAUGUUUUCCAAACUAUUGUUGCGUGCCUUGCUCUAAAACCUUUAUAAAGAAUGAUGAAAACUGUGUUUGUAAGUUGUGCAAAACGUUUCUUUGUACACAAUUUUAAGCAUGUAACAAACUUUCUAGAUUUGUAUGGAAUCGACAUUAUAUUAUUAUAAUUGUAUUUUCAAUUAUUAUAUUUUCAAUUUAAUAAACAAAGGGCCGACUACAAUUCUUCCCUUAGUCAUAUUGACUUAUAAAUA